CUGAGGGCAUGGGCAGAGUGUGAGGGCUUCAGGGUCAUGGUCCAGGCGGGGUUUUUAGAAGAGAUGGGGGUUAAGUGGAGAGGAGGGCAGGAAAGGCGCCCUUGGCGAACAGUAGCACCGGAGGGCCCCGCGCCCCGCGCCCCGAGGCCCCGCCUCCGCCUCGCCCCUGCGCAGCCCCGCGCCGCCAGCAGGGGGCGCGCGCGCGCAGGUGUAAACAGAGGCACCCGGCCGCACACCUAUGCGGAGCCCCGCCUUCGCCCUCCCGGCCGGCGCAGGAAUGGCCGGCUUCCAGCUGCCGCCGCUUCUGCUGCUGGCUCUGGGGCUGCUGCUGAAACCCGCCGGAGAUGCCUCCGCCACCACGACAGCUGUUACAAGUUCUUCGAUGACCUCGGAGAGUGGGACAGAGAGCACAACUCUCAAAAAUCUCAGUGCUUCUCCCUCCAGCCCCCUGACUUCAGAGACAGGCUCCAGCAUCUCCCCCAGCACAGCAACUUCAGAGACAGGCUCCAGCAUCCCCCCCAGCACCAUCUCCCCCAGCACAGCUGCUUCAGAGACAGGCUCCACAACCCCUAAUGGUCCUUCAAAUUCAGAGACAACCCCCACCAUCCAGUCCAGCCCCAGCUCCACAAGUCCAGGGUUGGUACCCACCUCCCCACAACCAGAGACAAUUACCCACCCCAGCUCUGGCUCCCCCAGUUCAGAGCUCAUCCUCACCUCCCACUCCAGCACCCUGAGCCCCAGUUCCCCCACCUCGGGAGCGGAGCCCUCGUCCAUGCCGUUGGCCGCCACUUUCAGCACCUCUGUGGCCUCUGGCCCUGCUCCGGGUGACACUGGGGCCCCCAAGUUGCACAGGAACCCGGGCGUGGUGGUGGCCGUUUGUCUGCUGGUGUCCGUUUUGCUCAUCGGGUCUGUGGUGAUGGCCGUGAGGUGCAGCCACCGGGGUGUGUCUGAGUUCCAGAAGCUGGAGAACGUGUCCAUGGGCGCCGUGAGCCACACGUCAUCCUUUACCCGUCACCCACCGGAGUGACCCCGACUGGGCUGAGACUGGGGCUGGGUGCCUGGGGAGGGUCGAGGCUUGUGGGAAUAAAGCCCUUCUGUUCCUCGGCGGCCUCCUGAG